UUAUAGUAUUAAUUUUUUUUUCUUUUCUUUCCCCUGUUUUUAUAUCUCUCUCAAUUCAUUCUUCUCUACUUUUAAACCAUUCCCCAGAUUCAGUUUUUUUUUUUUUUUUUUUUUNAUAUAUUUUCAGUGUUAUUUGGUUGAGUUUUGGUGAGAUUUUAUGGGGUUUGAGAUGAAACCAGAGAAAGAUGUUAUGGAGUUGAUUGCUAGUAAGAAUCAAUGUAAGGCUAAUCCCAAUUCUGUUAACAAUAAGAAGAAGAAGAAGAACAAGAACAAGAAGGUGAUGAUGACAUGGAGACGGAAGAAUAAGAUUGAUUCUCCGGUUGAUGAGAUCACCGCUGUGCGGCGGCUGUUUAAUACUUGCAAAGAAGUGUUCUCUGACUGUGGUCCUGAUGUUGUUCCUUCUCUAGAUAAAAUCACACAUCUACGAGAGAUUCUUGACAAUAUGAAACCAGAAGAUGUCGGUUUAACUCCGACGAUGCCGUAUUUCCGACCAAACGUCGUACCGGAUAAUGGGUAUUCGCCGCCGAUAACGUAUCUACAUCUACACGAAUGUGCUCAGUUCUCGAUUGGGAUAUUCUGUUUGCCGCCUUCUGGUGUCAUUCCGCUUCAUAACCAUCCAGGGAUGACUGUUUUUAGUAAGAUACUCUUUGGUACAAUGCACAUCAAGUCGUAUGAUUGGGUGGUUGAUGCUCCAAUGAGAGAUCCAAAAACCCGACUAGCGAAACUGAAGGUGGACUCAACAUUCACCGCACCAUGCAACACCUCGAUUUUGUAUCCGGAUGAUGGCGGGAACAUGCAUCGGUUCACAGCUAAAACAGCUUGCGCGGUGCUAGACGUGCUCGGGCCCCCUUACUCCAAUCCAGAAGAUUGCACUUAUUUUCUAGACUUCCCUUUCGACAAAAUCUCAUCAGGGGAUGAUGAGGUGUUUAGAUGUGAAGAAGAGGAGAAGGAAGGUUAUGCAUGGUUGCAAGAAAGGGAUGAUAAUCCAGAAGAUCAUACGAACGUAGUUGGAGCACUAUACAGAGGCCCAAAGGUUGAUGAUUGAGAGAGCUCUUUUAUCCUUUUCACUUUUCAGAUUUCGAAUCAGCUUUUUUUUUCCUUUUCUUUAGUUUAAAUUCUUCUUUGUACAUAAAAAAGAAAAGGAAAGCAAAACAGGAAAAUAGGAAAGAUCUUUACUGGUUUUAGUCUAAAUCUUGGUCUCUAUGUUCAAGUUCUUUCUUUCCAAUAGUAGUAACCAAAAUAAAAUGGACUUGACUUGAUAUGUAUUCAGAAUCAGAGGGGUUUUAGAAUUUGUUUUGAUUGGUUU